UAUUUUAUGUGCCUGUUGUCCAAUCCAUGACGUUCCAUAGCACAAAUAAACAGCAACAAGACUUGACAGAUGUAGCUAGCUAGCUUUUUAUACCAUAGAAGAAAGAGAAGUAGAAACUAGCAAUCAUGGCUGCUUCCGUGGAUAGGUGGUUGAGGGGAUUGUACGUUUUCUUUUUGACAUGUCAGCUAUCCGUCUUGGCUUUCUUGAAUCUAGAGGAAUUAAACGAGGUGAAAUAUGGGAUCCAGAUUCUUCCCGAUCCUGUCAUUAUGGGGCAGGCUAAGACAGAAGAAGUCAUGCUGGUGUCCAGCAAAUACAAGCAGAUGUAUGAAUGUCGCCUUCCAGCCCAGGCAGUGAGGUUUCACCAGGACCGUGCCUCUGAGCCUGACACCCAAGGAUACACCGGACCAGGCAUCCCAGAACUGCUCAAGCCCAUGCACACUGCCCCCUGCCUAGUGAAGACAAAAGACUGGUGGACAUAUGAGUUCUGCUAUGGACAACACAUUAGACAGUACCACCUUGAGGACACAGACAUCAAAGGGGAUGUUCUCUUCCUGGGGUACUAUGAUUCAGAGUUUGACUGGAACAAUGAAACAGCCAAGGCCUCCAAGCAACACAGACUGAAGCGCUACCACAGUCAGAGAUAUGUCAAUGGCUCCAAGUGUGACCUGAACGGGAACCCCAGGGAGACUGAAGUCAGGUUUGUGUGUGAGGAGGGCUCGGGGGACUACGUGGCCCGUGUGGAUGAGCCCCAGUCGUGCCGCUACGUGCUGACGGUCCACACCACCCGCACCUGCCAGCACCCCUUCCUGCGCCCGCCCUACACCGCCAAGCCCCAGGGCAUUGUGUGCCAGCCAGCCCUCAGCACCCAGCAGUACAUGGACUAUGUCAAGGCCCAAGUCUCGGAUACGAAACGUAAAGUGGAGCAGAUCUCAGAGGAGCUGAAGACUCUUGAUGAGAUGUUGGCUGGUGACGAGGGGACAGACGAGGACUCAGCGACGCCAACUGAUGACCCAGAUGUCCUGGGGUCAGACACAAAAGAUGCAGUUGUCACCUCUGAAGAGCCUGAGGAUUUGGAUUUCUGGGAGGGAGUGACAAAGCCAGGGAGUACCACAGCAACUGACACCACUUCAGAGCAUCAGGCUGGAGAGGAUGUCUAUGAUAAUCAGCUCACAGACAAUGAGGUCACAGAGGAUGCUUUUGGAGAUGAACAAUUUAACUUCAAGAUCAUCACUGACCCUGCAGACCUGAUGAAAUUUGUGCAGCAUCUCAAAGAGAGCAACAGGAAGAAAGCAGAAAAUGAAGCCAAACAAGAACGAGAGGGACUCCGAAACGAAAAGGAGAGGGAUGAGGGGGAUGAAGAAGAGCAUCUCCUGCUGCAGGAGUUUGAGGAAGAGAUAGCUGACAUCUCGGUGCCUUCUGCCAACAUCGAGGAAAUGAAAGGGGAAAUGCAGAAGGAGUUUGACAACAUCAUAGACGAGGCUCAGCAAGAACUGGAGACCGAGGGUCUGAAGGGGGAGUUUGACCGCACCCAGGCAACCCAGACCCUGGAGGCUACUCUGGACAAGCUGCUGGACCGCCUGGAGGACAAAGAGGCCGGGGACACAGAGGCAGAGCCCCAGACAGAGGGAGGCCAGCGGGCCAACGACCCAGCCAGGGGCAGCCCCAGCCUGGCCCCUCGACAGCCAGACCAAGCGGCUGACGACCUUGUUAAGAUCAGAGUUACUAAGUAUAAGACAGGCAGCAGUUCCGAUGGGGAGGUCAAAGUUCAGGAGAUGGGCGAAGGUGACCCCCAGUGGCAGCACAUUAAGGACGUGGUUAAAGAACAGCUAGAGAAGGCGGGACUGAAGGCCGAAGGUAAAAUUGAGGUGAAGAUUAUAACACGAAGGACAGCUGAGGAGGCUGGGGACCAGUGGUUGACUGAAGAAGAUACCAAGUCCUUCAGAGAGCUGCUCAUCAACCUACUAACAGGGGGAACAGAAGAGGUUUACAAGGAGCAAAAGAGACAGCAGGAGUUGGAAAACAACUACAGAUUUGUAUGGGGAGAGAGACAGGAAGAGGCCCAGUCCACAAGUACUGCACCGGACUCAGACGAUGUGGAGUUAUGAGCUCUGGGGAGACGUUUCCUCGCAUCGUGGGAACCAAGCACCUGUGGAGGCUUGGAGACAGGGCGUGUCCCUCUCCCCUGUCAGAGCUCUGAACUCACUGUCAAGUCUCAGCCGCCCCACUGGUAAAACCAGUGUCCACAGACACACCUGUUUCCACACUCAGAAAUGUGUUGUCCGUAUCAGGCACUUAUGUCCCUUGCACAAACCAAUCCAAUUGUCUCAGCUGUGGUAGUGUAAUAGUGUCCUUUUUUUUUCUUCUCUCUAGUGAGAGCCCAAUGUGAUGGCUGAAAAAGCAUUAUUUCAAUGUUGAUUGCUAUCAGUUGGAAUCAGGAGGGUGAAAAACACCAUGGACUGGACAAAUGGCACAUGUGAAAAUGUCUCUUUCUUGGACUGUAUAUGAUGAACUUUGCAUUUCUACAGAACUAUGAUGCCCUCUCCUGUAUCCACAUAGCAGUGCUUAUAAUUACUCCUCUGUAUUUGUUUGCUGCUCUACACUGAUUAAAUCACCUCAAUGAGUGAUGCAAUUGAGGAAUUGACCUGGUAUUUACACUUGGCUUAACAACUGGAUGAAUACAAUAUGUUUGCGAAA